UGUUGGGCUGCUUUAGAUGUCUUUGUUGAUCACACACGGGUAUAAAAGAACUGAGAAGGUCAGAAAGUAGAAGUGUGUCUGUUUCCCAAAGCCUGGGAGCAGGUUAGGAAACACAGAGUUCACAUCGAGAAAUUAUUCAAACUGAAAACGCUUUUAUUCUGAAACACGGCUUUUCCCCAGAAGACUUCGGCUCUACUCGGCUCGGCUCGGCUGUUAUUGGCCCCGCCCUCCCCCCUCACCCAAAGCAGAACCAGAUCCCGGUUUAGCUGCUGCUCGUCGGUGAACUGUGGUCCGAGGCUGUCCGCAUCUCGGCUUCAUUUCCUGGCUGUGAGGCACGGUGAGGAGAGACCUGAUCCCCGCAGCCGGGCUGUGGUGCACUGCCGGCGGCGGAGCACCGAGACAUGUACCCGGUGCAGAUGCAGCAGCAGGAGAGUCGGCCUCUGCUCAGUCCCUCCAUCGAUGACUUCCUCUCGGAGAUCCGGAGCGACGCCCCCCCCCGUGGCCCCCCCAUCUCCAACACAGCGGUCCUGUCCACAGCUCUGGACCUGGUGGACCUCAGUGAGCCGGGGGCUAGCGGGGGGGUCCGCACCCCGGGGAGAAGUCCUCUGAGGAGGAAAGCCAGCUCCAGGAGCCCCCGGCGCUGCGCAGACCCUGAGGAGACGGAGCUAAUCCAGGUGGAGGUGCAGCGCACGAGCCCCAGAACCCCGGAGAGGAUCGCCCUGGAGCAAGUGUCUCCUCCUGUGGAAGGCUGGGACGAGGUGAACCUAGACGGAGACGAUGGAGGAGGCAAAAGAUGCACCUCUGUCCACUCCUCCAGAGAGCUGCUGUGGUCUGCAGAGUUUGAAACCGACCCGCUGACAAAAAACUGCUUUGACGUUCAGAGACUCGACCUCGGCUCCACACAGAACUGCACAGCAUCCAGGCAGCGCAGAGGGACUCUGUCCCUGAUGAACAGAAACGAGUCUCUGGAGGAUGAGUUUGUCAGAGCGAAGGCUGCUGUGGAGUCGGACACGGAGUUCUGGGAUAGGAUGCAGGCGGAGUGGGAGGAGCUCGCUCGCAGGAACUGGCUGGAGGAGUCUGAGGGCCAGGGGCCACCCCCCCCCACAGAUCCCCCCGUGCAGAGGGUUUACUUCUUCCACACCAACAACCCAUACAGAGGCACCCCCAGCGCCUUCACCGAGGGCCAGGAGAAAGCUCGGGGGGGCGACCUGAACGCAGCCGUGCUGCUGCUGGAGGCCGCCAUCCUGCAGGACCCACAGGACUCGGAGGCCUGGCAGGUUCUGGGAAUGACUCAGGCUGAGAACGAGAACGAGCAGGCCGCCAUCGCGUCUCUGCAGAGGUGUCUGGAGCUGCGUCCUAACAACCUGCCGGCGCUCAUGUCUCUGGCGGUGAGCUUCACUAACAGCGGUGUGCAGGGGGGGGCCUGCGACGCUCUGCACCGCUGGAUCACUCACCACCCCCGAUACAAGCAGCUGCUGCAGCAGGGGGGCACGCCUCGCAGGGGCCCCCCUGCCGCCAGUCUGCAGGAGGUGCUGCUCCUCUUCCAGGAUGCGGCUCUGAUGAACCCUGACUCUGUGGACCCCGACCUGCAGACCGGCCUGGGAGUACUCUACAACUUGAGCUCCGACUUCAAGAGAGCGGAGCAGGCUUUCAGUGCAGCGCUGAGCUCCAGACCUCAGGACUACCUGCUUUGGAACCGUCUGGGGGCCACGUUAGCGAACGGAGACCGCAGCGAGGAGGCGGUGGAGGCCUACAGUCGGGCCCUGGAGCUGCAGCCCGGCUUCAUCCGGUCCAGAUACAACCUGGGGAUUAGCUGCAUCAACCUGGGGGCCCACAGGGAGGCGGUCAGUAACUUCCUGUUGGCUCUGAACCAACAAAGGACGGAUCAGCGCUGCAGUCAGCAGCAGAUGUCUGCCAACAUCUGGGCUGCCCUGCGGAUCGCCGUCUCCAUGAUGGACCGCCCCGAGCUGAGUCAGGCCGCGGAGGCGGGGGAUCUGGACCUGCUGAUGAGGGCCUUCGACGUGGUCUGACGCGGAGGGUGUCCUGCUGAGGGAUGGAGACUUUAUAGACAUGUUGGAUGUUGACCGCUUGAAACAAAACAGUUCGGAAAUCCUUCGCAGUACAGAACUGCAGGGAAGACGUGUUUCUGUGCAGCAUUCUCCUGUCCAAUGGGAUAAUCUCAGAGUAAAAACAAAAGUUGAGUUCAGCAGAAUAAUGUCCACAGAUUAACACCUCUUUAUGAUUUCUGAACUACAGCACGGUCUCAUGACUUCAGGUCACCACCGCUAAGCUAAAGGAGGCUAAUGUUGGGCUAUAAAGGAACUACAGCACGGUCACAUGACUUCACGUCACCACCGCUAAGCUAAAGGAGGCUAAUGUUGGGCUAUAAAGGAACUACAGCACGGUCACAUGACUUCACUUCACCACCGCUAAGCUAAAGGAGGCUAAUGUUGGGCUAUAAAGGAACUACAGCACGGUCACAUGACUUCACUUCACCACCGCUAAGCUAAAGGCGGCUAAUGUUGGGCUAUAAAGGAACUACAGCACGGUCACAUGACUUCACGUCACCACCGCUAAGCUAAAGGCGGCUAAUGUUGGGCUAUAAAGGAACUACAGCACGGUCACAUGACUUCACGUCACCACCGCUAAGCUAAAGGCGGCUAAUGUUGGGCUAUAAAGGAACUACAGCACGGUCACAUGACUUCACGUCACCACCGCUAAGCUAAAGGAGGCUAAUGUUGGGCUAUAAAGGAACUACAGCACGGUCACAUGACUUCACGUCACCACCGCUAAGCUAAAAGAGGCUAACGUUGAGUCGUCUAAUUUAGACUCUUAUUCACUGACGUAUUUUAUGUGGUGGAACAAAGCGUUAAAGUCUCUUCAGCUUCUGUAAACCUCAGACCUUAUUUCCGGAUAACGACCAGAAACGCAUUCAGUAAGCCAUUGACCUCCAGACCAGGGGACAGGAAGUGAUGAAAUGCUGACUCAUGUCAGGGUUUGGACUCAGCUCUCUGAAAACAGCACAACCAUUUAGCUUCCUGUUUGUAUCUAGCUUGUGCAGGACCUCCGCUCGUCCUUAAAAUAUUUUGAAAGGUCAGGCAUUAAACUGUGCAUGUUAUAGGUCAUGUGACCUUCAUGUGAACGCACACACAGGUCUUUCUUUCAGGGUAGGCUUUUAUUGUGAAACCUCUGCCGGAGCGAGCAUGAGUUUAGGUUAAACAUAUAAAAUCAAAUACUCAACAGUUCUGUAGUUCAGAUGCAUUUAUUCUGUAUUUGAGUUUGAUUCAGUUUAAAUGUCCUUAAAAUAAAACCUGUUUAGGUGCUUAUUGGAGCCCCUUGCAUCUGGUACUAAUCUCUGCGUUAUGUCAGGAUCUAGAUCACAGAUGGAAAAACUUCCUAUGAUUUUUUAUUUUGAAAGUAAACUUUUUUUUUUUUUACUUUUUCUUAAUUUCUCGACAAAAAUCCACUCUUAUAUUUUCCUUCUUUUAUUCCGAAAUGAGGUUUGAACUAUGCAAAACUAAUUGUUAAAAACCGAAGAUAUCUUUUCUCUUAAAUUACAAAAAAUUACAGAAUUUAAUAUCUUUUUUACUCUUGAAAUAUUUGCACAGUGUUUCCGUCUCGUCAGAUUUUUGCUGCCAAACAUCUUUAAAUAUCUCAAAACACCAAAUUUCUGUUUGGUCCCCAACACCGAAAAUAUCCUCCCUUUGAAGUUAGUGUCUCUUAAAGUGUCGCACUUUUUAAAAGAGCUUGAACGUAAUAUUAUUAAUGUUAUUGUUAUUAUAUUUAUUAUUCUGUUGUUUUUAUGGAAGACAUUUUGAUUUUCUGCAUAUUAAAUGUGACUGUUUUUGAUUUUGUAAAUGAAGAUGCUGAUGAUCUAUAUCCUAACCGUUGAUAGCUGCUCACACACACUCACUAAGUGUAGGACAUUAAAGAGGCCCUAUUCAUAUACACCUGAACAUCAGCAGGAGGGGACUCUUUAAAGUAGAGACUCUACAUACUGAUAUACACCUGAACAUCAGCAGGAGGGGACUCUUUAAAGUAGAGACUCUACAUACUGAUAUACACCUGAACAUCAGCAGGAGAGGACUCUUUAAAGUAGAGACUCUACAUACUGAUAUACACCUGAACAUCAGCAGGAGAGGACUCUUUAAAGUAGAGACUCUACAUACUGAUAUACACCUGAACAUCAGCAGGAGAGGACUCUUUAAAGUAGAGACGCUACAUACUGAUAUACACCUGAACAUCAGCAGGAGAGGACUCUUUAAAGUAGAGACACUACAUACUGAUAUACACCUGAACAUCAGCAGGAGAGGACUCUUUAAAGUAGAGACACUACAUACUGAUAUACACCUGAACAUCAGCAGGAGAGGACUCUUUAAAGUAGAGACUCUACAUACUGAUAUACACCUGAACAUCAGCAGGAGGGGACUCUUUAAAGUAGAGACUCUACAUACUGAUAUACACCUGAACAUCAGCAGGAGAGGACUCUUUAAAGUAGAGACACUACAUACUGAUAUACACCUGAACAUCAGCAGGAGAUGACUCUUUAAAGUAGAGACUCUACAUACUGAUAUACACCUGAACAUCAGCAGGAGAGGACUCUUUAAAGUAGAGACUCUACAUACUGAUAUACACCUGAACAUCAGCAGGAGAGGACUCUUUAAAGUAGAGACUGAGGUUUAAAUGUUAAAAACAGUUUUAUUGCGUUUUACUUUUAUUUUGAAGUUCUUUUCUCGGGUGCUUCCUUCCUGUUUUGCUGUCAGUCAGGGUAAUGGAUAUUCUCUCAGCUUGUUUCAGGUUUGAAGUUCCUUUACUGAAUGAUUGACCUUUGUUCUCCCACUGCUAACAAAUACACCUUUCUGCAACAUGUGAUCACACAGCCAGGGCAAUAUUCAGGGAACAACUCAGAAGUCACUCAGUUAAAGUUGUUAAUCCACAUAAAGAAUUCUAGAAUCCGCUCUGAGAUCCUAGAGGAAUAGAGCUGUUUGCAGGGAGUGUUUCUAAUGGGUUAGCCUGGGUUCUCUCACUGUUCCCUCCACAAAUGUUCCUUUUAAUAUGAUUUCUGAGGUGUUCUUGCUCACACAAACCUGGAUGUGUCCUGAAGCUUCUCUGACUCUCAUAAAUAUAAAUCAUGUAAUAAUAUAAAUGAUAGUGUGAAUCCUU